UGUACGAUAAAUAACGAUAAUUUCUGUUCGCAUUUGAAUUUUCUCUUGUAACGAACUUCCGUAGAAGUAAUUGAUUAACGAGAAAUUUUUAUAAUUUGGAUUAAGAUGAACGCCAUAAUGCGAUUCGACGAAACUAAGCACAACGCCUUCCAAAAAAUCGUGGCAAGGUUCUUGAUUCUUGAUUUGUGGAUAUUAAUGAAACUCAGACGUGUUUUUAAGGCGUGCCUUAAAUUAUUAUUACCAGCUGUUGAAAUAUUGUGCGUUCUGGGAGUAGGAGCUUGUAUACUCUUUGCAUAUACAUUGAUGCAGAUAAAGGUAGACGUUCCUGCAUAUAGCGAGGGUUACAAUCACGGAAAGAUAAAACCUCUGCGAGAAAAUUUACUUAGCUUGACAGAUGCAUCGAGAAUUGACGCCUCGCGUAUGAAGAAAGAAUUUAUAUUGCUGAAGAAUCAAGCGCAGAGUCUGGAGAUAAUGUUGCGCAAAAUGAAAUCAAAAUUUAGAAGCCUUCAAAUACAUAACGAAGUUAAAGAGGACUUGGCGGAUUUCGCAUCUGAAGCAGCUGGUGCAUCGAUUUUGGAUACUCCGGAUACACAAUCCUUUUAUGAACCAGCUCAAAGCCAAAUAACUCUCUUUGGAAUUCCAUUAUGGAGUGCCAGUUACUUCACUCCACGAAAAAUCAUUCAGCCUUGGACCCAACCUGGGGAAUGUUGGGCAUUUCAUGGAUCCAAAGGAAAAGUAGAAAUUGCAUUAGCAUAUCCUGCAAUAAUUGGAAGAGUAACUUUGGAACAUAUUCCAGCAUCAGUUUCUCUAACAGGGAAAAUAGAUUCAGCUCCUAAAGCAUUUAAUCUCUUGGGAAAGUCCCAAGAUGGUUAUAUACUAAUUGAUAAGUUUGUUUACAACAUUCGUGGCUCACCUUCGCAGACAUUUCAAGUUAACAAUAAGGAUGUGCACAAGGUGCCUUUUAACAAAGUAAUGCUGGAGAUCUUAUCAAAUUGGGGACAUCCAGAGUAUACCUGUAUUUACAGAUUUAGAGUUCAUGGAAGGAUAUUCCAGAAAUCGGAUAGGAUGGGACAAGCAUAUAAGUAUCUGAAGACAUAUUAAUGCGUAGAAAACAAUUUUGUCAAGGAAUAAAUAAACGGUUGUUAAAGUUUA